AUGUUGGCUGUUAAAUUUAUCUCCAAUUUUCGGGGUCCGGUUUUGAUUUUAAGGGAUUUCAAAAGAAGCAGGGCCUUCGUCAGAUGCAUACACUCUGGUCGGUCGCUUUUUGCUGAAGCUCAGAAACAUGAAUUACGACCACUCUAUCUUGAUGUUCAAGCCACUACCCCAAUGGACCCUCGAGUUCUUGAUGCUAUGCUUCCUCACAUGGUUUCUUAUUUUGGCAACCCUCACUCUCGCACACAUGCCUAUGGAUGGGAGAGUGAAGCAGCAAUGGAAAAUGCCCGACAGCAAGUGGCCUCUUUGAUUGGAGCUGAUGCUAAAGAAAUUAUUUUCACCAGUGGUGCCACAGAAUCAAACAACAUAGCUGUGAAAGGUGUGGCUCGAUUUUACAAAUCAAGGAAGAAGCAUAUCAUUACAACACAAACAGAACACAAGUGUGUACUGGAUUCAUGUCGAAUUCUUGAGAUGGAAGGUUUUGAGGUGACUUAUCUCCCCGUGCAAACAAAUGGGUUGGUGGAUUUGGAGGUUCUAGAGAAAUCAAUGCGACCAGAUACGUCUUUGGUAUCAAUCAUGACAGUGAACAAUGAAAUUGGAGUUAAACAGCCAAUCAAAGAAAUUGGUGCUUUAUGUCGAGCCAAGAAGAUAUUCUUUCACACAGAUGCUGCCCAAGCCGUUGGCAAAAUACCAGUGGAUGUGAAUGACCUGAAAAUAGAUUUGAUGUCAAUUAGUGGACACAAAAUUUAUGGACCUAAAGGUAUUGGGGCUUUAUAUGUCCGUCGUCGUCCACGUGUACGACUUGAUCCUCCUCAAAGUGGUGGUGGCCAAGAACGAGGAAUGAGAAGUGGCACUGUUCCCACUCCAUUGGUGGUUGGUUUAGGAGCAGCUUGUGAACUGGCACAAGAAGAGAUGGAGUAUGACCAUAAGAGGAUCACUGGUUUGUCUGAACGUUUGAUAUCAAAGAUCAUGUCAAAUGCAACACAUGUUAUCAGAAAUGGGGACCCUGAAUCUACAUAUCCAGGUUGCGUUAAUUUGUCAUUUGCAUUUGUUGAAGGAGAAAGUUUGCUGAUGGCCCUCAAAGAUGUUGCAUUGUCUUCAGGAAGUGCUUGUACGUCUGCCUCAUUGGAACCGUCUUAUGUUCUACGAGCAAUUGGUGCAGAAGAAGAUUUAGCACAUUCAUCCAUCAGAUUUGGAAUUGGUCGUUUCACAACUGAAGAAGAAAUUGAUUACACAGCGGAAAAGUGCAUAAACCAUGUUAAAUAUCUAAGAGAAAUGAGUCCUCUGUGGGAAAUGGUACAAGAAGGCAUUGAUCUCAAGUCUAUUAAGUGGACUCAGCAUUAA